CGAGUUUUUCGCGACGAUGACGGCCGAGGCGGUCGACAUUGCCACCGUGCCAUGCUUUGUCGGUAUCGAGGAGACGCACGUGACGUUCAUAUCUCAGAGUCGCCUCACUUCGUCAGAUGUCCUCGCCAUCACCAUCACUACCAUGAAGCGCAUGUUGCCACAAACGCUGCUUCCACGGUCAAUGUCCAAUGGCCAAAUGAAACUAUCCCUCCCAGCCGCGCCAGUGACGUUGUCGAUUCCUCGCAAACGCAUGAACAAGAUUCUACAUGCCGAGCGAGACGCGUUCAUGAAGAAGCUGUACGCGGAGCGGUCUACACGAACGAUGUUGGAAUGUUGGGCUGCCAUCAGAAUCCAAGCGCUCUUUCGCGGGUACCGCGUGCGACCACAUGCCAAGACGAUCUACGACAACCGCCGCGCCAACUUGCCCGCUGUCAUUCGAAAAGAGCUCCACGAGAUGCACCAAAACCUGCCGAGUCACGUCGUGGAGACCAAAAUCACCGAUCCAUGGCGACAAGAUAUCGGUGUCCGUGCCCACGGGAAACGUGAAGCCAAACACCGCCGAGACAGACUACAUCAUGCUGCGACCGUCAUCCAGGCCUGCGUCAAGCGCUUCCUGGCUCGUGUUGCGUUUAUUCACCUCACAUCUCGACACAUUGACGAAUUGGUGCUGUGGUCAGUCAUCGUCGUCCAGGCGGCAUAUCGGGGCUAUAGCGUUCGCAAACGAGUGGCUGCUAUGCUUACGCAGUUGCGUGAGGUGUCGGCGAUUAAGAUCCAGUCGCUCGUGCGCGGUGUCCUGGGCCGAGAGCGGGUGGCUCUGCUGCAUCUAGAGCGAUUUGCCGCCCAAGGCGAGGAACCUCGACGCGACUAUUCAGGCGCCACCGCGGCCACGACCAUCCAACGGCUUGUGAGGGGGCGCAAAGGUCGCAAGUCCGUCGACCGACUUCGCCAGGGUCGAUGGAUGGUCAAGUUGCAGCGAAUCGCGGGAGGGCAUCUGGACGACCGAAAGUCGCUGAUCCAUCAACACAGCCUUGUGCUGGUUGACUCGGGGGUGAUGACGAUCGAGCCGCGCCCGUCGCUGAGACCGCCGCUGAACAUCAACACGACGCAUCUACACCAAGACGUGGCUGCGACAAAGUUGCAGGCGUUUACAAGGGGAUCGCAAACCCGGCAGCGACGGAGGAGCGGGAGGGUCAUGGGACCUCCCAAACUUCCACGUGCGUCAUCUAAAACAAACCUCCUCGGAGAGAUGAGGAAGAAUGUGUAUUCGGUAGAGGACACCGCCGUGGCGGCAGCGAUGUUGGAGGACGUGCAUGCAGCAGAAUUCCGACACCGGGCUCAGCGGCAAAGCAUGGCGUCGUUGCUACCCAAAGCUGAGGUGCUGGUGCAGGGAACGGUGGGCCAAGGGCGACCUAAGACGUUGACCUCCACCCGACCGAACAAGACUGCGCCCAUCUUGCCUCGCACGGAAGAAACAGAGUUCCACAUGUAUGCUCCCGUUGAAAAGUUGGUCAAGCGGUGCCCGUCCACCGCGGCCAAGGUCAAGUUGCCUGACGAAGUGGACGCAGCUCUGGAAGCAGCGACGAAGAUUCAAGCUCUGGUUCGGGGAUCUAUGGCUCGAUCAAACACAAAGGACAGCAAAAAGUUGUCCCGUGGGGUAGUCGUGGGUCGGCACUGAGAUGAGCAGAGCGAGGACAUGAUAGUUUUGUGCUGUACAAGCCUCUAUUUAAACAGACACAAGACUAGUCGACCAGUCGCUGGGACUUGACGUUUUCUCGUGCUGCCCGCAUGAGUCUACAAAGAUUCACCAUGAGUACGUCAGACAUUGUUAAUCACGUACUUGGUUCGUUGGGACUUG